GUCAAUAUUAUAUUUGACAGUAUUUAAGCUACAGAAAAAUUUGCCAAAGACGAAUAAUAUUUCAGUUUAUGUUGUAAUAAAAAAAAUCUAUUAGAUGGCAUCUUCUCGUAUUCAGGCAACGGCGCGCCAGUUGUCUAAAACCUUUAAGAAAAAAAACCGAUUCGAAAUUGGCAUAGCUUCCGAACUUCCACCUGCUUACAAGAAGUUUUGGCGUGAAUGGAAGGUGUUAAAGCCUGCUGCUGUUCAUUACAUCCCUCAGGACAGUAAAUGGAAACGUGACGAGUUAACUGGAGAAACAUUGCCUGUCCAAAACAUCCCAAUACCUCUGAAGUAUCCGACUGAAAUUCAUGAGGGUAUUUGGGGUGGAGAAGCUAUAGUAAAAGGUUUUCAAAAGCGAGACCCACGCCGUCGUAGAGUUCCUCACUAUUGGGUACCCGUCCUUAAGAGAACUGUUGUAAAGUCAGAAAUCCUUAAUACACACUUAUCCGUUACUGUAACCGAUAGAACCAUAAAACUUAUAAAUGAUCAUUAUGGCUUCGACCACUAUCUGCUUAAAACACCAGCUUGCGACUUGGUAUCGAUGUUAGCUUUGAAGUUAAAAAAACAAAUACUUAUUGAAUUGAUGAACGGUUGCCCGAGAUAUGCUCAUGAUCCUUCAAAACAAAAGGAAGUUUAUGAAGAAUAUAAGACCUAUUUAUCUUCCUACACGCCCGAGGAAAUCGAGUGGUAUGGGCUAACUUGGUACGAGGCUCUCAGCAAAGUAGCCAAAAUGAAGGAAGCUGCCAAUAAGCCCUUGCCGUUGAAGAGUCUUUAUAGGAAAAAUUUGGUAGAGAAGUUAAAAGCUGCCAAUAUAGAUGCUGACAAGUCUCCUGCUGAUGAUAUAUCGACGACAACAUCUUGGCUGUCAAAAAUGAAUCCCUUCGGUAAGAAAGACGAAGCCUAGUAACUUAUGUAGAAUAAUAAUAAUUAAAUUGUUGUGUUAUAGAAAAGAUGUAUCUUUGAAAAUAAAUAGAUAGACAACUGC